AUGGUUGUGGAGUCAUGGUUUCGUAAUCUGUGGAGGGCUCCUCGGAAGCAUGAUGCUAACUCCGAGGAGGUGAUUGGAGUAUUAGCAUUUGAAAUAGCAAGCUUGAUGUCCAAGCUUGUUAAUUUAUGGCAAUCGCUGAGUGAUAAACAUGUUGCUAGGUUGAGAGAAGAGAUCACAAAUUCAAUUGGCAUAAGAAAGCUUGUUUCAGAUGACGAUCAUUUUAUUGAACGAUUGAUCUGUAUGGAGAUAGUCGAAAAUAUGGCACAUGUUGCCGAGUCUGUGGCUAGACUUUCAAAGAAAUGCAACAAUCCUAUUUUGAAAGGUUUUGAAAGCACGUUUUAUGGGUUUAUCACUAUGGGUACGGAUCCAUAUGGGUGGGAAUUCACUAGCAAGAAGAUGGAAAGAAAGAUCAAAAAGAUGGAAAAGUUUAUAUCGACUAAUGCAAGUCUGUAUCAAGAGAUGGAGGUGCUUACCGAGCUGGAGCAAACUCUUACGAGAGUGAAGCCUAAUGGUGAGUCAGAUGGCGUAACUCUAAGUGAGUAUCAGAAGAAAGUUGCAUGGAAGAGGCAUGAGGUGAAAAGCUUGAGGGAUAUCUCUCUAUGGAACCGGACAUAUGAUUACACAAUACAUCUUUUGGCAAGAUCGUUAUUCACGAUAUUCUGUAAAAUCAACCAUGUAUUCGGAAUUCAAGAGAUGGUAGAUGAUGGUGGAACCAAAAACUCGAGUGUCUUAGAUUCUGAGAGCAUUUAUAGAAGUCAAUCGGUCUCUGCAUUAUUUCAAUCUUCAUUUGACCCAUCACAUAAUCAAAUUGCUAGAUUUUCUUCAGGUCCUCUUCAUAAUAUUACGGCGAGAUCGGGUCCAAUUGUUAGAACAAAUAAAACCAGCAUCUCUCAUUCAGGUCCAAUGGUUAGAACAAAUAAAACCAGCGUUUCUCAUUCAGGCCCCCUUGGUGACUCGUCGACAAAGUCUGGCCCGAUUUUAGGAAAGAAUACAAAUGUCAAUUUUUACUCAGGUCCCCUUGGAAGGAACGCAAAUCAUUCGGUCCCACUUAGUAGAACAAAAAAAAUGAGCAAGAUUUGGAACUUUUAUAAACACUCUACUGCCAUAACUGGGAAGGAAACUCACGCAAGACACAGUCGAAUGACUCAAGUAGGACCUUUCAAAGGAUGUAUGGCCUGGGACAGUUCCUCUGUAAUUGACUGUCAUUCAAGCGCAAGUGGUGUUCACAACGGGAUUCAGAAUCCCAGAGACGCAAAUUCAAACCUUCUCGGUCAUGGCAAAGUAGUUCAUCAUACUCAAUCAGUUUUCAAAUCUAUGUGCAAGCUUUUAAAUCCUCCACCUGAAACCCUCGGUGCUGCUGCUUUAGCACUUCACUAUGCAAAUGUUAUCAUUGUGAUUGAGAAGCUAGCAGCUUCUCCACACUUGAUCGGUCUCGAUGCAAGAGAUGACAUGUACAACAUGCUACCAAGACGUGUAAGAGUCGCCCUCAAAGCCAAAUUAAAGCCGUAUACAAAAACCAUGGCGUCAUCAUCGGUCUACGACACGAGUCUUGCAGGAGAAUGGAAUGAAGCAAUGUCAAGCAUAUUGGAAUGGUUGGCACCGCUUGCUCAUAACAUGAUAAGAUGGCAAACGGAGAGGAGUUUUGAGCAACAGAGCUUUGUUUCGAGAACAAACGUGCUGCUGGUUCAAACGCUGUACUUUGCAAAUCAAGAAAAGACGGAAGAAAUAAUCACUGAGCUUCUUGUGGGUCUGAAUUAUGUCUGCAAAUAUGGGAGGGAGGUCAACACAAAAUCUCUGGCGGAGUGUGGCAGUUUUAGGGUUGGCAAUGAAUAUCUUAAUCUGAAUAUAUAA